AUUAUGUGAUACAACAAUAGCACACAAUAUUUUCUGGUAAUAAGGCCUUUGCUGUUCUUCUUUACAAGGUCCACCAGCCCUGACCCCCUAAAAACACAGCCUUCUCUCCUCCACUGUCUAAAACUAAAAAGAGCAGUGUCGGUGACACACGGCACACACAGUCACGCACUGGUUUAAAAAGAAGGUGGCCGAAACACAAAAAAUAAAAAGCAGACUGUGAAAAAAAGAACAUCAAACUCAGAAAAAGGUACCUUACCACCACCACCACCAUCGUCAAAGAAUUUUGACAUAGACACUCUGCUUCAUUCUAUUUCUGCCACGUUUUUUUGUUUCUUUCUUUUCUUUUUUUUUUCUUGGUAUUUUUUCUCUUCUCACAAAAACCCACUUCGUAUAUCAACCAACAACUAACUAAAUCUAGGUGUAUAGGUGUAGUAGUGGGAAGUGAGGAGAAUUAGUCCAACACAAUCUAACCGUUGGGGGUGGUACUGUUUGUUUAGGAGUUUUUUUCAUCAUUUUAUCCAUAAAGUGUUUUCCGCUACUGAUUUUACUGCUAAUUAUUUGGUGAGAGAGAGUGAAAAACUGAACCAAAACUCUUUUAUUUCCCAGUUUAAACUUGAAAAGCUUGCAGCUGUUGAUUAAAUUGUUUUUAAUAAUUUUGAUUUAAUUAUUUAAAAAAUAGUAUUUAUGGUGAUAUAAUCUGUGCCCAGACCCCAUGUGAGAUGGCCCUUUACUGAGGCUUAUAAUGAUGAUGGCCCCUCUUUAUAUUCUGUGAGAAAAAAUUUCACUUGGGUUGAAGAGGAAGAGAAAAAGGGUGCAUUGUUCCUAGAUUUUUGACACCUUUUUGCUGCUUCUUCCUUGCUUACUAUCAAAAUCAUCAAAGACUUUGAGGUUCUUUGAGCCUAUAUUACACGGCAAUACUCCAAUUACUAUUUUAAGACAUUGUAGUAUUGUAUUAUUUUGGGACGUUAUCAUCCUCACUUCAGAAGAGAGUAGCUAGCUAUGGCGGGAUUAUUUGUGUUGCUUCUGCUCUUCCAUUGUAGUCUAUUUGCUCCGCUGAGCCUUGCUUCCACGGAAUUGAUUGCUUCAAAGCCUAGGCAUUCACGAUUGCUUAAGGGUGCUCUACAACGCCAAACGACUUUGGAGGAAGGGUAUGAAUUAUGGAAGCCAUUGCCCGAUCAAGGAUGGAAACCUUACAGAGAAUUUGGUAUCAAAUCAAGAUUACCCGAAACAUCUGAAGGUUAUAUUCAGGUUUUCCUAGAUGGAGGACUAAAUCAACAACGAAUGGGGAUUUGUGAUGCUGUUGCUGUCGCAAAGAUUCUAAAUGCAACCCUUGUUGUCCCAUACUUGGAAGUGAAUCCUGUUUGGCAAGAUUCAAGCUCAUUCACGGAUAUCUUUGAUGUGGAUCAUUUCAUUAGCGUACUAAAAGACGACAUUCGUAUAGUUAAAGAGUUGCCCGAUGAGUACUCAUGGAGCACUAGAGAGUAUUACUCUAUAGCCAUUCGAGCUACUAGGAUUAAAACAGCCCCAGUUCAUUCUUCAGCUCACUGGUAUCUGGAUAAUGUAUUGCCUGUUCUGCAAAGCUAUGGGAUUGCUGCGAUAUCUCCAUUUUCUCACCGGUUGGCUUUUGACAACAUGCCCAUGGAAAUCCAACGUUUGCGUUGUAAAGUGAACUUUCAAGCUUUAGUUUUUGUUCCUCACAUCAGAGCUCUUGGAGAUGCUAUUGUCAGUCGCCUCACUAGUGAGACGGAGGGUGGUAACUACCUCAGGGAGGUUACUGAAUCUGGAGGCAAACCGGGAAGUGGAAAGUAUGUUGUUGUACAUCUUCGUUUUGACAAGGAUAUGGCUGCCCAUUCUGCCUGUGAUUUUGGUGGGGGCAAGGCUGAAAAACUAGCUCUGGCAAAGUACCGGCAAAUAAUCUGGCAAGGAAGGGUCUUGAAUUCUCAAUUCACCGAUGAGGAGUUGAGAAGUCAAGGAAGGUGCCCGCUUACGCCAGAAGAGAUUGGACUCGUGCUUGCAGCUUUGGGUUUUGACAACAGUACUCGCUUGUAUCUUGCAUCCCACAAGGUUCAUAUCUUAUGUUCUCAACUGAAAGUUUAUGGUUACUCCCCUGAAUUUAUGUCACUGUUUUCCUUAUGUUUGAAUUGCAUUCUUCUUCUACCAGGUCUACGGUGGGGAGGCAAGGAUAUUGACCUUGCGAGACUUAUUCCCUCUAAUGCAAGAUAAGAAGAGCCUUGCCUCUUCAGAGGAAAGAGCUAAUAUCAAAGGGAAGGCGUCCUUAUUAGCUGCUGUAGAUUACUAUGUCGGCAUGCAAGCCGAUAUCUUUGUUUCUGCUUCUCCAGGAAAUAUGCACAAUGCCAUGGUAAGAUCCCCAUGCAGUAAACAUGCAUUGAAGUAUGAUUUCAUUAUUGUCAUGAUCACCCUUUGUAUUAAGGCAGGUUGUGACGGCGAUUUUGAUUUGAAAUGGAAAACAGGUCGGACAUCGAACAUACAUGAACAUGAAGACCAUAAGGCCAAACAUGCAGUUGCUAGGGCCGCUGUUCUUGAACAAAAGCCUGAGUUGGCCAGAGUUCCAAGCAGCAGUGGUUGAAGGACACAGAAAUAGACAUGGUAACAUCAAAUUACGCAAAGGAGAGCAAUCCAUCUAUACAUAUCCUGCUCCAGAUUGCAUGUGUCAAGAAGCUUAAAAUCAUCAUAUUCGCCGUGGUCUGCCGUGGUCGUUAGUAGUAAGUAAAUUAGUAAAGAUUCAUAAAUCCCUCUGGUAGAUUUAGGAGGAUUCAUUACACUUCUUCCACAUAUAUAUAUAUAUAUAUAUAUAUAUAAAAUAUCAGUAAUUGCUAAAUAAUCCCUGAAAGUAGUGCAGAUUAGAAAGUUGGUAGGAAGGAAUAAAUGUAGUGGAGUGGUAGGGAGACCCCAUUUUGUGAGAUCUUUGUAGAAUGUGGUCCAGCAGAGAAGAACAUUGGAAUACAAAUUUAUCUUGUACUAUAUAAUAAGUUUAGUAUAUAUUACCAUUCACAUAUAUGAUAUGAUAUGGGGUAUUUUUGACCCCAUUGAUUUUAUUCUAUUAUUGUUUUUUCUGUAGUCCAAAAGGUGUUCAAUCCGUGUACAGCUCAAUCAAAUGAAUAACCCAAUCAUUUUCUGUC